UAUUCCAGCCCUUGCCCUUCACAAGUUUGCACACGGGCCUGAUACAGAAUGGCGCCUCCAAUGGUAAACAAAUGUAAACUACUGUAGCUUAUUUAAUACAUGUGUGUAAUGCUAUGUAAGGCCUCAAGUGUGCAUUUUAUUUCAGGAUGGUAUAUUUUGCAGAUGACAAGACACCCUGCCUGUUUACAUGUUACAUGUCACACAUGGCCUGCUCUGCCCCUCCCCCGUCCGGACUUUUCUCAACUCGCUGCCAAAAUAUGUGAAAGUCAAUCCGAGCCCUUGCGCAGCGCUCCGCGAGCCUGUUAUUUAAAACUGGACACCGUCAUGGCAGGAGCAGCGAGCAGCUCCACUGAACUCAGCGAGGAUCCACCGCGCUAUCCGUGAAAACAACGCCGCUGUGGAGGAACUCGAGCUCCGGGAGACUCUUUGUUUUUCGUCCUGCCCGUCGAGCCUCACAUGUCGCUCCCGGUGGUGUUGCCGGGGUCUUGCUGUCCGGUUAUCGGGGCUUCGCAGCUCGCUGAGCCGUCUUACCGAAACCGACCCCGUGGCUUGUCCGCCUCUUCGCGGACUGCCAGCAGCGGCUCUCGGCUGCUGCUGCCCGGGCGGCCGCUGCUCUCGCUGGGCUUGCUGCAGCUGCUGCUCGGCGGCUCCAUGGUGGCGCUGUGCUUUGGAGCUCUGUCCCUCAGCAACUCACCCCCAAUCCGAAACUCGUGUCCCUUCUGGGCAGGUUCCUCGGUCAUACUGUCAGGCAUUGUGGGCCUCACAACAUGGAGAAGGCCCAUGCUGUUACUGGUCAAUGUGUUUGUCCUGCUGUCUGUGGUGUGUGUGCUCCUUAAUCUGGCUGGAUUCAUCCUGUGCUGCCAGGGCGCCCAGCUGGUUUCCAGUAUGACCAGCUGCCAACUGAGUGACGCUGGAGAUGUGUGUUACUGCUGCUCCCUCUCGUCCAGCUCCAGAUGUCCUGAGGAGAAGCUGCUGGAGCUCCACCCGGCCCACUCCUGCAGCACCAUGAGGAUCCUGCUCAAGAAAGUGUUGUUUGCGCUGUGUGCUCUGAACGCUCUGACCACAGCCGUGUGCCUUAUGGCUGCUGCCCUGAGAUACCUGCAGAUCUUCACCGCCAGAACACCGUGCACGGACGAGCACAGGGCCACAGUUGAAGAAAGGGAGGAGCCGGCUCAGGUCCCAGACCCAGAUGAGUUUGUGGCCCCGGCCCCGCCCCCCUCCUACUUCUCCACUUUCUACUCAUACACCCCCCGCCUGGCUCGCCGGAUCCUCGGGGACAGCGUGAUCCCUCUCCCUCAUAUCUACGGGGCCCGGAUCAAAGGGGUGGAGGUCUUCUGUCCUUUAGACCCCCCACCUCCAUAUGAGGUUGUUGCUGGAAGCUCCACCAAUGCAGUCACACAGGAGCCAGAGAUCGCUCUGACAGAGUUGACUAUCAACCCGACUACCUUGGCACCAGGAGCCUCUGUUGGAGACAGGAGUCCCCAAAUGGUAUCGGCAUCACCGGGCCACUUUCCGCAAGCCAAGCCCCAGCUCCAGCCUCCUCCUUCUCCUCCUUCUCCUCCUCCACAGCAGCAGCAGCUCCCUUCUCCAGCACCGCCCCCCUCUCCAGCACCGCCACCCUGGAGCAGAGCAAGGAUCCACCGCUCCACCAGCGACCCGGUGUUGAUGGACCUCGCUGACAGAGCGCUGAGCAGCAGCGACGCUCCCCAGACCACAGACUCCUCCACCCAGACGUCCCAGCCCGCGCUGGCUGCCUGCGUUCAGGGCCAGGUCACACUGCGACGGGGCAACGGCGACAAGAGGAUGCCCCGCCGGCCCCGGCCCUCCUCCAUGGUGGACUACCAGAGCUACCGACACACACAGCAACUGGUCAGGAAGAUCCUGGAGCAGCCAGCGGCGCAGGGCCUGGCCCCCGAGGUCCAGGAGCUGGUGGACAGCAUCCGGAGUGUCCUGCAGUCAGACCAGGAGCACAUGGAGGAGGCUGUACGCUGCGCCAGUUACAUAGAACAGGUGUUCACUGACUCCCAGAUGGGUCCCGGUCAGCCUAAACCUCCCCAGCAGCCAGCAGACAGUUCCUCCCAGACUUUCCCACGUCCCCCCCGGAGAAGGCCUGGCCUGCUGCACCUGCAGAGCUGCGGGGACCUCAGCUCCUUCACCUGUCCUACACUCGAGUCUCUGGAACCUCAAGGCAACAGUAGAAAAGUGGGGUCAAGGGCGGGGUCGAGGGCGGGGUCAAGGACAGGGUCCCGCCCAGAUCAUCCCGAACGCCCCCACAGUCUGAUCGGAGUCUUUAGAGAGACAGACUUGAAAUGGAUGAUUGUCCUGAGUAUUGAGGGUUUCCCAUCGUAACUUAUGGUGCACACUGGAGGAGGGACAUUGAAAAUCUACCUACCGUCCUUUUUGGAAUGGGAAAUGUGAAGUUUCUGGCAAACAACAAGGGCGAGCUCUCCACCUCGGAUUAUGCAGCUGCUUCACUGUGCACUGUGGACUGCAUUCUCUCUGAUCCAUAUUUGUGGAGGAAUCCAGAGCUCCAACAGUAGCUCUUUGCUGUAGCUGUGACUGUGGUUGUAGUUAUGGUUAUGGCUAUGGUUGUUCAUAAGGCUUUGACCACAGCUACAGGCAUAGCCAGAAUUAUAGCAUUUGCCAUUAAUAAAGCUAGAGUUGCAUAGCUGUGACCACCGCCGUAGCUACGCCAACAACCCCAGCCUUUUGCGUUAACCACAGCUGUAGCCAUACCAACAGAUUUGGUAUUUUGGUGCCCAAGCCCCUUUCAAUGGCUCAGGAAGUAACAGAAUCCUGGAACGGCGUUACAUAAUUAAGAUAUUAAAUUAAAAUAUGAUUUGACAAUUUUAUUACUGAGCUCCUUCAGACAUCUAAAUGAAAAACUAACUAUUCUUUUUAACUAAAUGCAUUUCCUGCAGAAAAUGUGUGUAAUUGCUAAAAAAAAAAAAGGAGCUAAAUUGUUAAAGCUAAACUGGAUUGCUAGCUUAACUGCUUAAGAAGGUGAAGUAGUGAGGCUAGUUGGAAAAGUGGGAAUGGUGUUAAUUAGUAUGAAUUUCAUUGAAAAGUUGAAUAACACCACUCAUGUAAAGAAAUGUGGAAUAUUUAAAGGUUUUUUGAAAAGCUGACGCUAAACUGAAUUAUUGGAACUUUAUGUUCAAUAACCCCAAAAGAUGUAGAACAUUGUGAGGUCAGAAUCUAUUUUCUAGCUGAAAGUAUGAUUAAGUAGAGAAGAGAGAGCUGUGAGAAAGAAAUAUGAAACAAAUUGUUUGAAAAAUCUCAAAUGCACUGCACUGCUGAAAACCCUGGAAGAUGAAAUGUAAAACUGUCAGAGUUAGAAGCUGAAGCAUUAUCUAAAUAAGCUAAGAGCUGAAAUACAGGAAUCUAAACUGUAAUACUGUCAAAAGUGGAAUCUCAGAUGAAUGGACUGAAAAUGCUGAAAGAAGAAAUAGUUUAUAUUAUUAUCAGACAUAUCCAUUGCAUAGAAAAAAACAAGCAUAACCCUAAAGAGCUGAGAGGUGAAUAUAUUGCCUGUAAAGAAGGGGGCUGUACGACUUUGCAUUGAAAAGCUAAUAGACGAAAUGCAUUAAUCACAAGCAUGUUCAAAAAUGGUAUAAGUUAAAUAAUAUAGGUUAAGGCAUGGGAAAUGCAGAUGGAUUGUAAGUUUACUGUAUAUAUGACCUGAAGUUUACUGAAAUGUACUUUGAAUUAAAAGUAAGGUCUUCGAAGUAACUUUUAUUUUGAGUAACGAGGUCGAAGUCUGGCCGCCAGACACUAUGUUCUGCUUUUAUAAUAAUAAUAAUAAACAUUUCAAACGUGUGUGGACGCAUAUGUGUCCUGAGCAGUAUUAAGGACCGCCUACUGAA